AUGCUGGAUGGGCCCCUGCUGGCGCGCUGGCUGGCCGCGGCCUUCGCGCUGACGCUGCUGCUCGCCGCGCUGCGCCCCUCGGCCGCCUACUUCGGGCUAACGGGCAGUGAGCCCCUGACCAUCCUCCCGCUGACCCUGGAGCCAGAGGCCGCUGCCCAGGCACACUACAAGGCCUGCGACCGUCUGAAGCUGGAGCGCAAGCAAAGGCGCAUGUGCCGCAGAGACCCCGGUGUGGCCGAGACACUGGUGGAGGCGGUGAGCAUGAGCGCACUUGAGUGCCAGUACCAAUUCCGGUUUGAGCGCUGGAACUGUACCUUGGAGGGACGCUACCGGGCCAGCCUGCUCAAGCGAGGCUUCAAGGAGACUGCCUUCCUCUACGCCAUCUCCUCUGCCGGCCUGACGCACGCGCUGGCCAAGGCUUGCAGCGCGGGGCGCAUGGAGCGCUGCACGUGUGACGAGGCCCCUGACCUGGAAAACCGGGAGGCCUGGCAGUGGGGUGGCUGCGGAGACAACCUCAAGUACAGCAGCAAGUUUGUCAAGGAGUUCCUGGGCCGGCGCUCUAGCAAGGAUCUGCGAGCCCGUGUGGACUUCCACAACAACCUCGUGGGUGUGAAGGUAAUCAAGGCUGGGGUGGAGACAACAUGCAAGUGCCACGGCGUGUCAGGUUCCUGCACCGUGCGGACGUGCUGGAGGCAGCUGGCACCCUUCCAUGAGGUGGGCAAGCGCCUGAAACACAAGUAUGAAACAGCACUCAAAGUGGGCAGCACCACCAACGAGGCCACGGGGGAGGCUGGUGCCAUCUCGCCGCCUCGCGGCCGGGCUGCAGGGACAGGAGGCAGUGACCCGCUGCCCCGCACGCCGGAGCUUGUGCACCUGGAUGACUCGCCCAGCUUCUGCUUGGCCAGCCGCUUCUCCCCGGGCACCGCCGGCCGCAGGUGCCACCGGGAGAAGAACUGCGAGAGCAUCUGCUGUGGGCGUGGCCACAACACACAGAGCCGGGUGGUGACGAGGCCCUGCCAGUGCCAGGUGCGCUGGUGCUGCUACGUGGAGUGCAGGCAGUGCACCCAGCGCGAGGAGGUCUACACCUGCAAGGGCUGAGCCCCGGGGCUGGCCAGGCUGCUGCAGGGAUAGAGGCCAUGCACCCAUUGCGGGGGACUACAUUGC